UUUUUCACUGUACUUCUGUUCGCUGUUUUCGCUGUCAGCUCGCUUCGCGUUGGCUUUAUUUCUUCGUCAGCGCCUUCAAUUACUUAACUGAAUUCACCUGCGUACAACUAACUAGUUACAAUUUUAAAUAUAUACACAACUAUCGGGAGACGAACAGAGGCGAGAGAGCGAGCGUCUAUUGCCUUCGUUUCGUCGUAUACGCCUUUGUUAUUUUAGUUGUUUUCAGCUAUUUUCUGUGUAUCUGGCUAUGCAAAAACAGUUCGCACGCCCAGUUGGAGUGUAAAAAUGCCACACAGCGCACACACGCUCGUCGAAUUUUUCGUGGAAUAUGCUAUCGAUAGGGCUAGAGAUGUCACACUAUCGCGACCACACAAAACUGUGACACCAUAAGAAUAAAUAAUAGCAGCGGCAACACUGGAAUAUUUUUCUUUGCACUUUUUGUUAUUACUUUUUGGUGCGUUCGGCGUGAAAUUUUUCUGUACGAAAAUGGGUUCUAUAUUUCGCGGACUGAAGAGGAAAAUGAUUUUGGACGAUUCGGAGGAAGAAAAUGAGAAACAAUUCUGUAGCAAAUUUCCCAGGAUGGAUACAAUGAUUUACCCAGAGGUCUCGCUCAAGCAACAGAAAGACUACAUGCAAUAUUUGCAGAGCAGGUUCGGUCAGAUGUCACAGCGGCAUGGCCAUAAGAAUGGCGGCAACGACGAAAUGGACUUAGCUGUUGAAUAUUGCGAUGUUAAAUUUGAAUUGAAUGUCUCCCAAAAGUGUGAAAAAGUCGAGCUGGAUAUAAACGAUAGAAUCUCCAUCGCAUCGUAUUCACCCGGGCUGCACAACUUUGCAAGAGGCAACGAUGUGAAGACUUUGGGCAUCAGUGAUUUUGAGGUCCAAGGCUAUAACCAAUUUAAGCUGAAUAUAAAUGCCGGACACUCCACCGGAUUAGCUCCCUGCGAGAUGGAUUUUAAAGGAGAUAAAUCAAACGACCAUAAGAACAGCAAUGACAAGGAUUUAGAGGUCCAAAGCUAUGAACAAUUUGCGCUGGCAGUUGUCAGACACUCCACUGGCCACACAUUUCUUCACCCAGGCGACGCUCAGCCGGGUAAGAUUAUGCAAAGCGAAGAUUGGGCUUUGACGACAACUUUUACGAAUAUUUCGAUGGCUACUUUUACCCACGGUCCUAGAAAACCCUAGCCCUAGAUGAACUAUUACUACAUUUGUAAGCUUAAAUCCAAAGAAUUUGGUACAAAUGCAACUAGAUUUAAGUAAUUUUUAUU